AUGAAGCUCGAUACAACUGGUCUCCAAUCGUUUCCUUCACUGAUUUCACACGGGAAUGGCGUCGCCGGAGAAAUCUCCGCACCUCCAUCCUUCGAGCUUCCCAAUUCCAACGAUUUCGAUGGUUUCCUUAAAGAAGCUAUUCAGAUGGUGAAGCCUGCGAAGGGUACUACGACUCUUGCUUUUAUAUUUAAGGAAGGUGUCAUUGUAGCGGCUGAUUCUCGUGCCAGUAUGGGAGGAUAUAUAUCAUCACAGUCUGUGAAGAAAAUUAUUGAAAUCAAUCCAUACAUGCUUGGGACAAUGGCUGGAGGUGCUGCUGAUUGCCAAUUUUGGCAUAGGAAUCUUGGUAUCAAGUGUCGCUUGCAUGAGUUGGCAAAUAAAAGAAGAAUUUCAGUAACAGGAGCCUCUAAGUUACUUGCAAAUAUUUUAUACUCUUACCGUGGAAUGGGAUUAUCUGUCGGUACCAUGAUUGCUGGAUGGGACGAAACGGGCCCUGGUCUAUAUUAUGUUGAUAGUGAAGGUGGAAGACUUAAAGGCACUAGAUUCUCAGUUGGAUCUGGUUCGCCAUAUGCUUAUGGUGUAUUGGACAGCGGGUACAAAUAUGAUAUGUCGGUUGAGGAAGCUUCUGAACUGGCUCGAAGAGCAAUUUAUCAUGCAACAUUUCGUGAUGGAGCUAGUGGUGGAGUUGCUAGCGUUUACUACGUGGGACCAACUGGUUGGAAGAAAUUGUCUGGUGAUGAUGUUGGUGAACUUCACUACCAUUACAACCCAGUUACCCCCAGCACCGUGGAGCAAGAAAUGGUAGAGGCAGCUGGACCUUGA